AUGCAGCAGAUACCGCCUCCGACAGGAAGCGUCAGUCUCACGGCUGCCAGUAGCUGUAUUGGCCGAAACAACAAGUCUAGAACACUCCUCGAGGAUAGUUUCCCCGCCCUCAUUGGACCCUCGCUGCCGUGGAAGUACCGCCAGCCUCGUCCCUUGGGCCGUGGCGCCUGGAGUACCGUCUGGACCCUCAUCGAUAACGCCACGAAUGAAAUUGUUGUGGGUAAACUCUCCAACUUAGCCCUUAUGUCGGAGCAGAACAAAAAUUUUGCUCGCUCCGAGGCGGUGAACAUCUUGAGUUGCGAGCACCCAAACAUCAUUCGUCUCCUGGAAACAUACGAGCAGAAUGGGAAAUUGCUGCACAUACUAGAAUACGCUGACGCGGGGGAUUUGAUGACUCAAGUGGAGGUUCGCGCAAAUAGUUUGUCUUGGGCAGAGAAUGGCAUUGCCUUUGUGGGGCGCAAAGGCGUCGCGGGGACUGCACCGUUUUAUUACAGGGAGAAGGAGGUUCUUAUUAUUUUGGCGCAAAUCUGCCUUGCCGUAAAGUACAUCCAUGAGAAGAAGAUCAUGCAUCGUGAUCUUAAAACGUCCAAUAUUUUGCUUCGAAAAAAUGGUCUUAUUAAAUUAGGCGACUUUGGUUUAUCGCAAAAAUGUACCCAGAACCUUUCUGGUGUGGAGGAAACGUUCUGUGGGACACCCCACUAUCUUUCUCCGGAGCUUUGGCGCCGAGAAAGCUACAACUACAAGGCUGACAUUUGGUCCCUGGGCGUCCUGCUUUACGAGCUGAUGGCAUUGCGGAAACCGUUUAUCUGCAACAGCAUGCAGGAACUGAUGCAGCGCGUGCUGACAGAAGGGAGCUAUGACCCGCUGCCGGCAGACAGGUACAGUGAGGGGGUGCGCGACCUUUGCUACGCCAUGCUGCGCGUUAACCCACAUGAGCGGCCUAACAUCAUAGAGGUUUUUGAGACGCCCGUCCUGUUGAAUGGAGGAUUAGAGUACCUGAAAAAAAAUCUGAUGAGGUUGCGUAAAAUUGAAGACGCAGUGCGAAGCCGUUUGUUGUGGGAGGUAGAUUCCGUGCAGCAUACGUGUUGUAUCGAGCACCCGCUCUCGGUGUCAAGGAGCAUCAGCGCAGAACGGAAGGAGACGCAAUCCUCAGAAGACAACGAAAGCGGCGGCAGCGCGGUGAGUUCCAGCGUUGCGUAG